AUGGCGUCGUCCUCCAUUCCAUCGACGUCCGCUUUUGGGUGCUCCGCCUGUCCCGCUUCUUUCAAUCGCCGGGAGCAUCUGCAGCGCCAUUUACUCUCGCACAGUUCAGAUCGGUCCUUUCACUGCACCUUCUGCGACCAGUCCUUCAACCGGAGGGAUGUUCUGAAGCGCCACUGGACGUCUUGCAGACCACGGAUAGACGCCAAUGUCGACAUCCCGACCCUCUUCCAGCACGUCAGAGGCAAGAAGCGCAAGUCGUGCGACCGCUGUGUACGACUGAAGAGAGCUUGCAAUCUACAAAAGCCUUGCCAAACAUGCUUGACAAGGAAUGAAGAAUGCUCGUACAACAGAGUAGCCGACAGAAAAUUGAAACCCAGUUCGGCCGUUACUCUGCCACUCCAAACUGCAUUCGUCGAGGAUCCUAUGCCGAACGUUGGUAUGGAGGCGUUGCAAACAAUAUGGGAUUCAACCGAUGUGCUUCAAAUCUCAACGCAGGAUCCGUUGCCCACAGGCCCUAUCCUGGACCGUCGUAUUACUGGCCCUCUUCACCACGAAGGGGGAACUUUAGGGACAAUCCGACCACGCCAUGCUGCAAUAUCCAUGAUUACCCUUACUUCUGGCUGGGGAUUUCCAUUUCUAAGCAGAUUCACUCUACCCAACGGCCUUGCGACCAGUUUUGAGUGUGGAACCCGCUUUGAAAGACAACAACUUAUCCAACGACACCUGGAACGUUCCUCAUACUCCUUCCAAAAUUUGACUGGACUUGAUAUCGGAACUUGGGAUGCUGAGACUGACUGGGUAUCGGCUGUCGCCUUGCAACCGUACAGUCUCCACUGCCAAUGGGUUUCAAAAACUGACGAGGGCUUGUUCCGUCUAACAAACGAAAUUGUCCAGAGGAUCAAAGACAUCACCAUAUCGAAGCCGAGAGGAUCCAAGAAUAUGAUAGAUUGGUCACCUGCCAUGGAGAAUAUUUGUUACAACUUUUUCUCACCUGCGAACCUGGAGAAAUUCCUGCUGUUGUUCUGGGGCUGUUGGUACCGCAAUUGCCCGAUAUUUCACAAACCCAGCUUCGUCGCCGAACAUAGUUCGCCUACUUUGGUUGCUUCUAUGGCCCUAAUCGGCGCCUGCUCGUCUCCCAAUGCCAACGACCGUAUCCAUGCAAACGUGUGGUUUAACUGCAUGGAGGAGGUGGUAUUUAACGACGAGAUCCUCCAGGACGAGUCAAUCGUGCUAGAUGAGUUCAUGCAUGGUCGGAAGAAAAUUCGCAACAGAUUGGAGGCUAUCCAAGCUGCGUACCUCGUUUGCAUUGUACAGAACUGGGAAGGUUCUAAGGAGAGCAAACAGCGAAUCCGACGCCACCGUUACACCACGCUGAUAAUUAUUGCGAGGGGGUUCGAUUUUAGUCGAGUAAGCCUUAAGGAUGUCUAUGUAGAUGACGUCUCAAACUUUGAUUGGAACGAGUUCAUCUUCUUAGAAACUCUGAUACGAACAGGGACAUUUAUUUUCCUUCUAGAUUCUGCAUUUGUUGUCCUUCACAACUCCCCACCAAGAAUGAUGCUAUCUGAGCUCAACAUCGAUUUGACCUGUCCGGAUGCGUGCUUUGAGGCCAAUUCCGCCGAAGAAUGCUUCAUUCUUCUGUAUGACUCCAAACCGAACGGCGCUGAUCAUCCAAGUUUAAACAUUUCAACAACUCUGGAGCUACUCUGUCGGACUGAUUGUGAUGACCUCGAGAGUCUCAAACACUUGAGCAUUCUGAAUAUGUUCACAAUAGUGACGGCACUGCAUUAUCUCAUUUUCCACUUCCAAGCAACCCUCGCCGACUUGUCUCAGGCGACGCCUGCCGAAGUUGGACUUUCCAAAUGGAUUUCGCUGUGGCACCAAGGUGCCUGUCUACCUGAAAUGGAGCUCCGCAGAUUCCCAUCGUGUGAAGAUAUGUGGAAGCGUGUGGGAUUUAUGCAAUUUGCUCCGGAAUAUUAUCUUCUCUCCCGGAUCAUGCUCGAUCGUUGGAAAGUUUGUACUAGCUCGCCACCUUUGUGGAUGGAAAUGCCGGCCAAGCGACCAGCGGCUCUGAAAUAUGAUGAGAGUGAGAUGGACCAAUUCAGAGAGUUAAUUACGAGCAUAUAG